AUGAGUGAUCAGACGAAUUUCGGACGCUUCUCCAUGGGCAAAAAUCCUUUCCUGGGACUGAAGUGCGGUUCUCGGCACGUAAUAGAGGAACUCUGUGAUGCCUAUGAUAUGGCUCAGCCGGAUCCAAUUCUUCGUGCUAAUGAACACGAUGCUCACGCAGCUGCAGGCGUACUAAAGCAGUAUCUCCGUGAGCUACCUGAACCCGUGAUCCCCUAUCGCCAGUAUGACCGACUCAAAGCAACUGGCUACCUUAUUGAGGAUGGACAGGACCUCAAACCCAUCAUUGACCAGCUGGAGUGCCUGCCCGCGCCAAAUUACUGUCUCCUUCAGUUCCUUUGUCAACUGCUGUCUGAGUUCCGGUAUAUUUGUCAGCGAUACCGCAAGAAUGUGUUCUAG